AUGAAUCUCGCGCUUUCCUGCUCGCUGUGGACGUUAUGGUGCGGGUGCGACGAGUGCGUGACGUCACGCCAGGAGGACUCCCUACGCCACUCGCGCUCGCGCAUAAACGCGUACCGCGCGCUGGCGUCGCCCUCGCUCAUCGCGCUGUCUUCCAAGGACCUAGUUUGGAAUAAAUUAAUAAUAUUAGAAAAAAUUAAAAUGUAUUUUUACGGAUGCAUUAUUCAUAAACCGGUUCCAAUUGCCGACUUGAGUUCAUAG